AUGAGGUGUUCUUUUCUGAUUUUCGUGUCUUCUAUUCUUGUACUCUCGCAGGUAAAUACAAUGUUUACAAACACUUUUUGCGGCUUGUUCAAACGUAGACCCACUAGGACAACUGAACUUUUAAGUACCAAAAUGGUUGCUGACAUGGCAACUGACACCUUGAGACUAGCUUCCGGGGGACUAUGCCUAGAUAUAAUUGAAAAACCUAAAAGUUACAUGUCACCCACUAGAUCUGUGGAUCGAAUUGACUUGAAGUUUGGCACGUACCCCUCAAAAAUCAUCGAGAUGUUCAUCUCUCACCUAUCUUCUUCUUCUUCUUCUUCUUCUUUUUCUUCUUCAUAGUUGAUGAAAGACCCCAACGUCAAUAAUUUGUUUUGUGUAAAACGUGUGUGUGUGUAUCUUCCUCUUCUUCUCAUCUUCUCACAAUAAGUGGAUAGGCUGACAGUUGGUGUUUUCGAUUAAAAAACCACCGAGCGAUCGAAAGUGAAUGUGAAAAUAACUGGGGGAAACGAAGAAUCUCUAUUGUUUAGGUUAGAGAUUAGUGUGCUCGGCGAGCAUCUUUUUUUUUAGCAGUUUCGAGCGUUUGUUGGGUUGAAAUCGGACAUUUUGUCUUGAGACUUCAGUGGAAAAUGGUCUUGUAGUCUUAAUUUAAACUUUUUUGAUACGUAGGUGCAUCAAAGUUAGUGUCAAUGCCACUAAAAUCGAGUACUUCGUUACAUCACCUACAGUGUUCUUAAUUUCCAGGCGGCAGUGCGUCGUGACGCAUCCGGACCCACUUUGGUCCUCCGUGACAAUUGCAAGAUCAUCCCGUCCGGUGGCUGCUCGUGUGACGUGAAAGAAGGAAACGACGAGGUGGUGAUCCGUGAGUACGAGAGCGUCGACCAGUGCAAAAAGUCGGUGGAGCUCCAAACCGCCGAGAACAAGAAGGCGGUGAAUGCGGAGAUCAAGGAGAAGUACGGCGAUUUCAAGGAGAACUGCUUCCCGAAGCCGUCCGGAGGAUGCAAGUGCAACGUGGACUUGGGACAAGGCGAGACUGUCGCCGAGUUCACCUCGGACGCCGACUGCAAAAAGUCGGUGGAGCAAGUGACCGCCGACAACAAGAAGGAGCUGAACGCGGAGAUCAAGGAGAAGUUCGGAUCGUUCAAGGAGAACUGCUUCCCGAAACCGUCGGGCGGAUGCAAGUGCAACGAGAAGGACGCGAAUGGAAACGAGGUGGUGACCGCCUACAACAAUCCGGAGCAGUGCAAGGUCGCGCGAGCCAAGAGAGACGUCGGAGCCACCGUUCAGAGACAGCCGUCCAACGUGGCGAGAGCCAACGUCAAGGAUGUGAAGCAGGCAGAGCCGAACUACGAUGUCCGGGAUCCGGUUAGGUAAGAUCCUUCUAUCUUGUUUUUAUAAAAAGUUGAUCCUGAUCUUUGAUCGUUAAGAGAGCGCGCCCAGGCCAACUACGCGGCGGUCGUCGAUGAGCUCAAGAACAAGUUCAAGGGGCUCAAGGAAGGAUGCUUUCCGCGCCCGAAAGGAUGUCUUUGCGUCGUCGGAAAGACUCCAGAAGGCCGUGACAUCACCGAGAGACGCAUGAAGGACGUGGACUGCAAGUGCAAGGAAGGCGAGAAGGGACCCGAGUGCCCGGUUAACUAA